AUGUUUUUUUUUCCUUUGAAAUUUUCUUUUUUUUCUUUCUUUUUUUCUUUUCUUCUUCUUUUCUUCUUUUUUCUUCUUUUUCUUUUCCUUGUUUUUGAACUUUUUUUUUUUUCAAUUUCUUUUUUUUCUUUUUCUUUUCUUUUUUUUUCUUCUUUUUUUUUUUUUCUUCUUAGAAAUUCUUUUCUUUUUCUUAAAACAAAUUCAUCUUUUUUUCUUUUUUUCUUUUCUUUUCUUUUCUUUUUUUUUUUCUUCAUUCUUUUCUUUUUUCUUUUUCUUUCUUUUUUCUUCUUUUCUUCUUUAAGUUUUUUUUUUUUUUUUUUUUUAGUCUUUUUUCUUCUCUUUUUUUUUUUUUCUUUCUUUCCUUUUUCUUUUCUUUUUCUUUUCUUUCUUUUUCUUCUUUUUUUUUCUUUUUUUUGUCUUUUUUUUUUUCUUUUUUUUUUUCUUUUCUUUUUUUUCUUCUUUCCUUUUUUUUUUUUCUUCUUCUUCUUUUUACUUCUUCUUUUUCUUUUUUUUCUUUUUGAUUGUUUCUUUCAGUUUUUUUUCUUUCUUUCUUUUUUUUUUUUCUUUUUUUCUCUUUUUCUUCUUCUUUCUUCUUCUUUUCUUCUUCUUCUUCUUUUUCUUCUUUUUCUUUUUUAUUUUUUCUUUUUUUUCUUCUCUAUUGAUUUCUUUUUAUCCUUUUUUUUUUUUUUUUUUUUUCUUCUUCUUUUUUCUUUUUUUUUUCUUUUCAUUCUUUUUCUUUCUUUUUCUUUUUUCAUUUUUUUCAUUUCUUUCUUCUUCUUCUUCUUUUUUUUUUUCUUCUAUCUUCCUUCCCUUUUUUCUUCUUUCUUUUCUUCUUCUUCUUUUUCUUCUUCUUUUUUCUUUCUUGUUUCUUUUCUUUUUUUGUUUUUUCUUCUUAACAAAUUUUUUUUUUCUUUUAUUAUUCCAUUUUCCUUCUUUUUUUUUUCUUCUUUUUCUUUUCUUUUUUCUUCUUCUUUUCUUUUCUGCUGUUUCAUUCUUUUUAUUAUUUUGACUUUGUUCUUUUUUUCUUUUUCCUCUUCUUCUUCUUUUUUCUUCUUUUCUUCUUUUUCUUCUUCUUCUUUUUUUCUGCUUUUUUUCUUUUUAUUGUUUUCUUUCUUUCUUUUUUCUUUUCAUUUUCAUUCCAAUUUUUUCUUCUUCUUCUUCUUCUUCUUCUUCUUCUUUUUUUAUUUUCUGUCUUUUCUUGUUUUUUCUCCUUAUCUAUCUUCUUUUUUCUUUAUCCUCCUUCUUCUUUAUCUAUAA